GCAAGGCUCGCGGAGCAUCCAGCACAGGGACCAGGCAAAGAAAGCGUGGCAAAGGCGGGGCGGCGGCCAACGUCGUUUAGACCUGCAGCCUCCGACGAGUGUGGGCGUGGCUAGAGGAGGCGGGGCAUAGAACCGGUGGACGUUCAGGGCAUGGACAGGACAGAUGAGAAAAGGUGGAGGGAAAAGGUGUCGGUGGGGACAGUGAGGAUCGCGAAGUCAGCGUGGGUGUGGGGCGACGGGAGGUCCUGCGGCCAGAGGACGGUCUAUGACAAGGAGAGUCUCCGAAAUCACGAGCAAAGUCGAGGCGAAGACAAAUACUGGGGCAAGGAAAGAGUUAUUUACGAGAGGGAGCACGGCGAACAGAGAGCCAAACGGGAGGACCGGGACGAGGAGCGACCACCUGGCGAAGACAGAUCCCGGGGCGAGGGAAGGUCACCCGGAGAAGAGCGAUCCCGGGGCGAGGGGAGAUCUCGGGAAGCAGAGCGGCCCCGCGACCAGGAAAGGUUCCCUAAGGAGAAGGCGCAGGCCCAGGAGAGGGCUGGCGCGGAGGGGCAGGCGGGUGCCGAGGAGAAACCACCGGGGCGGGAGAGGGAGAGGGGUCGGGGACCGGAGCAGAAGCAGGAGGGCCAGGUUGCCCAGGACCCAGGGAGGGGAAGAAGCCAGGACCUAGGGCGUGGCCAGGAGAGAAAGGGGAGCGAGGAGCCGACCUCCUGCCAGACUCAGUGCCCGAUCCACAGCAAGGGGCGUGGCCAGGAGAGAAAGUCCAUAGACGAGCCAAUCUCCGGCCAGACUCAACGCCAGAGCCAAAGCAAGGGGCGUGGCCAGGAGGGAAAGUCCAGCGAAGAGCCAAUCUCCGGCCAGACUCAACGCCAGAGCCAAAGCAAGGGGCGUGGCCAGGAGGGAAAGUCCAGCGAAGAGCCAAUCUCCGGCCAGACUCAACGCCAGAGCCAAAGCAAGGGGCGUGGCCAGGAGGGAAAGUCCAGCGAAGAGCCAAUCUCCGGCCAGACUCAACGCCAGAGCCAAAGCAAGGGGCGUGGCCAGGAGAGAAAGUCCAUAGACGAGCCAAUCUCCAGCCAGACUCAACGCCAGAGCCAAAGCAAGGGGCGUGGCCAGGAGGGAAAGUCCAGCGAAGAGCCAAUCUCCGGCCAGACUCGGCGCCAGAGUCAGGGCAGGGGGCGUAGCCAGGAGGGAAAGUCCCGCGAAAAGUCGAUCUCCGGCCAGACUCGGCGCCAGAGCCGCAGCAAGGGGCGUAGCCAGGAGGGAAAGUCCCGCGAAAAGUCCAUCUCCGGCCAGACUCGGCGCCAGAGCCGCAGCAAGGGGCGUAGCCAGGAGAGAAAGUCCCGCGAAAAGCCGAUCUCCGGCCAGACUCGGCGCCGGAGUCAGGGCAGGGGGCGCAGCGUGGACGGAGGUUCUAGCUGCAUGGUGUGCUGGCCAGUCAUGUGCCCUGUCAGCCCUGUGUGGCCAAGAAAACCAAAUCUAUGGGCGUUCUGGGUACCGCUGCUAGUGCUACUGCUGUCGUGGAAGUCGUGGGCAGAAAAACAUUUCCAAAACUGCCGCUGGCUUGUUGUCCUGAACAAGUUCGAGAGAGUGGGCGCACUCCUCUCUAAGGAUCGAUUUAUGGAUCAAGAACCCAUGGAUACAGUGACGGAGGUGUUCCAAAAGUUGGUAGACUCGCCAAUCGACCCGCGGGAGAAAUAUAUGGGCUUUCCUUACUACCUGAAAGUCAGCUUCUCCUGUAUGGGAAAGAAUGACGAGGAGCUGGUCCGAAAGGGCCACCUCAUGGGACUGAGACCCGUGAUCCUGAUCAGCUACAAGUACCCAGUCAAUUUCUAUCGCUGGAAGAUUGAAAAUCUGCAGAUUCAGAUGGAGGCUGCCCCAUUGCGCAGCGCAGGGUUCUGCAUAGCAGAGGUCAUGUGCGCCUUGAACUGGUACGUACCCAUGCCCACCAAAAACGGCAGCGUGGUCAUGAGCGUGGACAUCCGCAGCAAUGGCUUGGGGCCCUACAUUCCCCCUAGAAGGUUCUAUGUGAAUAUUAAUGGCUACAUGAAGAGAGAUGCCAGCGGUAACCCCAUCUUCACCAUAGGAUAUGAGACCUUUGCUCUGAAGAGUGAUCACUUUAAGCGUUCAAAAUCGAGACCCCUGUGGUACACGCAGAACCAUUCACCUGUGCUCAUCCUCGGGGGCAUUGAAGAUGAGAAGACCAUCUUGCUUUCAGAUACUAAUUUCCAAGACUUUUCUCUCGUGGAGCUGAGCAUUGACAGUUGCUGGGUCGGCUCCUACUACUGUCCCAUACUUGACUUCUCAGCCACCAUCCAUGACGCCAUUUCUACGGAAAGCACGCUCUUCAUCCGGCAGAACCAGCUUGUCUACUAUUUCACAGGCAGCUACUCUGCACUCUUCGACAGCAGCUACAGUAGCAGCAGCUGGGUUCGUGUCCUGGCUAGCGAGUGCAUCAAGAAGCUGUGCCCAGUGUUCGUCGAUGGCAAUGGCUCUGAGUACAUCCUAGCCCUCACCACUGGCAAGAAUGAAGGUUAUAUUCACAUCGGGACCAUUACAGAUGGUCGUGUGUCCUUCAAGAUGAUGCCAGAAAGCUGGUCAAUAUGUGAUAAGUUACCGGGUUCAAACUGCUCCAUUAACUGGGCUACAUACAUCGCUGACGAGAAGAACCUGUUGUUGUUGGUAGAGACCCUCUCCGUGAAAUUAGUUAAGAUCUUUUACCUGCUCAACUUUAACUUAGAGUCGCAGCGACUGGAUAUCCUCUACGUAAUACCACAGUUUAUUCCAGAAGCUCAGGAUUUGGACUUCCUGGUGCUACAUGGGACAGAGACCUAUACCAGAACUGCCAUGAUACCCAAAGGCUUGUUCUUCAACACAUUCAACAAUAUGCUGUACAUUUGGGGCAACUUCAUCCUGCAAAGCUACAAUAGGGUACACUUCAUUUUUCUGGCGGACUUCCCCAAGGACUCCAUUAUCAAAUACAUGGUCAACUCUUACCAAGGAGACAUGGCUUUUGUCACCGAAAGAGAAGAGAUCUGGUACUUUCUGGAAGGUGGCUACGAUGUAUACCGGCUAGUCCCAUCCAAAGGCUGGGACAUCUACUUCAGCCUGCAGAAGCUGCAACACUCUUCUCUCUUUGCGGACCAAGAGUUCUUGGUCACCCUCUUCUAUGAAGAUGGGCAGCUCUAUCAGCUGAUAUAUCUUGUUGACUCCGGGUAUGAACGUUUGGUCAAGAGGGUCUUGCCUGUGGCACAGUUGCUGCUGUAUGACCAGAACACCCCCUACUCACUGGUGGACACAGGGAACUUCUGGACGCCCUCCUUCACCAACCUCUGCCCUUUCAAGGUGAUGCGUCUACGUGACCUACCCAAAAAACAGCAUCUUGCACGUCAAGAGCUCUACCAUGCUCCACCUCCUCUGGUCUCCGAAUCCCUGGGCUUCCACAAUAAUAAGACACUUGCUGUCUAUCAAGGCCUUGUCUAUUACCUGCUGUGGCUGCACUCCAAAUAUGACAAGCCCUACGCGGACCCCGUGCACGAUCCCACUUGGCGCUGGUGGGAACACAAAUCACGGUACAAGGAUUACUACUUCUACCUCUCCAGCAACUGGCUGGCGGCGGAAGGCGUGUACAUCGACAUGAGCAGCUACCAGAAGCUCUACAACAUCUCGCACGACCACGGGCUGCCCGAGAUGGUCUUCCUGGACAAGGGCACCUCAUUUAGCUUCACCGUCUUCCUGACGGCGCAUGAGGACACCUUCAAGCUCAGUGCCAGCUCCGGCUCCAGCUACCAGGUGGAGAAGAAGUUAGCAGUGGCUGUGGUUGUUGCGGAUCCCGAAUGCCUUGACGUAACUGUGAAGCAGGAUGUCCUUCUUAAUCGCAAAGCAGUGCUCUACAAGAUUACGAUCAAGGACAAAAAAGUCUGCUAUGACCAGGGCAUCAGUGGACAUAACCUCAAGAAGACUUCCUUGAUGGUCAAAGUGUUGGGAUCUUCUGGAAAAUGCUUCCAGACCACAUACCUUGGGACAAGCACGCAAGGUCACUUGAUGGUGCCAUUGUUAAUCGGCUGUCCCCCUGGCAAGCGCCUGGCCUUCGACGUCACCUACACGAUUCUGCACUCCCAGCAGCUAAACAAACACUAUUUCGACUGUGUGGUGUCCAACCCCGAGAUGCCGUGCUUCCUCUUUCGUGACUUGUUUCAGCCCUUCUUCUUAGUCCAAGACAUGGUGACGGGAGACUCUGGCCGUUUCCUAGGCAGUUACUUGCUGAAGGUGGUGGGCGGAGGUCCCACAAUGGACACCAUCCGAGACUACACAGAAGAGGAGAUCUACCGCUUCAACAGUCCGCUGGACAAAACCAAUAGCCUCAUCUGGAAAACGAAGGCUGAAAGGACCACUCAGGACAAGAAGUUCUACAUAAUGUCGGAGCAGAGCCCGGGGAUCGAGUGGCUGUGUCUAGAGAACUCCCCAUGCCAUGAUAUCACUCCCCGAAGCAUCUUUGCCCCUGAAUUCUUCCUCAAGUUGUUGGUGAGCAAUAGAGGAGUAGACACUAGCUCGUACUGUGACUACCAGCUCAUCUUUAUACUGCAUUUGCAUGGGCUUCCACUCAGCGCCCAGCGGUCUCUCUUCAUUGUCCUUGUGUCCACCAGCCUGUUUGUGGGCCUGGUGGUCUUCUACAUCCUGUUCUGUCUCCUGUGGCCCCACAUAGUGAAGGCCUGGGUCUCAUUACGCUGGAAGAUUAACAACAUCAUGGCAGCAGAGUCCUUCUACACAUAUGCCACCUCCAGUGCGGCCCUCAGCCUCCAGUCUCAGUCUGUCUCAGAGCCAAGUUUCAAGGCUCCCUCCAAUGCAGGUUCCAAAGUGGAUAAUGCAUCAGAGAAGGAAGUGGUGGCCUGAGUCUCUCCUCUGUACCCUUCCUUAUACACCCUUAGGCCUCUCCUAGUGGGAAUGCAGCCUGCCACCUACCCAGGAUUUUCUGGUUUGCUAGAAUGUUCAUGUCUCGUUCAGACCCAAAUAAAAGCCUCAAUUUCAGAAUCA